UUUCUCGCCGAUUUUCCUUCCCGCCAAACACUCUCUCUUCCCUUCUCCGCCGCCGCUUCUCAUUCCUCUGAUCCUCCGAGAUUCUCCUCCUUCUCCGCGCCCUCUUUUCCUCUGCAUUUCUAUCAGUAGUAGUGGACUUGUGGUUGAUAAUAGCUCAGGAAGCCUUUUCAGAGUUGUGGAGGUGGUCUAGAAAAAUUGCUUAGUAAGCUUUUGUGUGAAUAGAUGCCAGUUACAAAACUCAAAGUCUCUGACACACCAGAUGUCAUGAAAACAGAAGACAGAAUAGAUACCAUAAUUAAACAGGCAAUUGGCAGAGAACCUGUCCUUUCUUUUCCAAGGGCCAGUGAAAGCCCUGUACAGUGGAUUCAAUUACUCCAUGCUUUAGAUCAGCAAGGUGUUAACAAUUCUUUUUCAGAAUUUCCAGGGUGGCCUUUGCUCUCUCCUCUGAAGGUUCAGUUGCAGAAGUGUGACAAGUGUUCCAGAGAGUUUUGCUCUUCAAUUAACUAUAGAAGACAUAUACGUGUACACCACCGGUUGAAAAAGCUUGAUAAGGAUUAUACAAAAACUAGGGAUCUUCUAGGAGCUUAUUGGGAUAAGCUCUCUGUAGAAGAAGCAAAGGAAGUUGUAUCGUUUGAAAAUGUGAUGCUGGAGGAAGUUCAGGGUUCUUCAAUAUUAAAUGCUCUGACAAGUCUUGUUCGAAAACAAGGAUUUUCUCCACUUCCACAGUAUUAUCUGAGGGCUGGUGCUGCCCUUUUGGAUAUUGUUCAAUCUAAACCUUCCAGUUUCCCUAUAUCUUCCCAGGAGUUGUUCAGUACCCUUGAUGAUGCUAGUGAAAAAACAUGUUUAUGGGGAACGGCAGUGUCAAUGCAAAGAUAUGUUUUUGAUGGAGAGGCUGGAAAAAUUGGUCUUGAACCAAAAAACCUAGUUGCUUGCACAAGUUUCUUGUUAGAACAGAAAUUGGUGAAGGCAUGGCUUGCUGACAAGGAUGCUGAAGCAUUGAAAUGCCAGAAGCAAUUGGUGGAGGAGGAAGAAGCUGCUCAGAAAAGACAAGCUGAGAUUUUGGAGAGGAAGCGCCAGAAGAAGCUUAGACAAAAAGAACAGAAGGCUAGGGAACAAAGAGGCAAGGAUGAGACAGAAAUUAAAGGGAAUACUGCCAGUACUGUAAAGGCUUUAUCACCUGAAGAAGCAUCUUUGGAUACAUACAAUUUUCCGGAAAAUGCACUUUCACACGUACCUUUCCAAUGCCCUGAAACUAGUGAAGGAAUAGAUGGAGAAACAGAUACUCAUUCAGGGUAUGAAUUUGUCACUGAUCAGAAUAUUGGGAGACAGUCAGCGCAUGGUCAGAAUCAUCAGCACAUAGCAGUUGCCAGAUGGCAGCAGGGGCUGCCAAAAUCACAGUGGGCUGUAGCCAAUGCUUUGCAUACAAAUCAAAAUUCUCAAAUUUCAAAAGUUGAUUUGAUUCAAAAACAUGGAACCCACCGUGAUAGUAGUAAAGUAUGGAGUCGAAAACCUAAGACAGAAAUUGACAAGGUGGUUUUAAAAACCAUUAUUGAGGGAGAAUCCAACCAAGUUAAGAAUCAUGAAGUUUUGAUAGGAUCUAUAUCUGUUAACCUUGGCAAUUCCAACCAAUUAGAGGGUAAUAUGGUGGCUUCCCAAGAGGACUGCAUGGUUGAGAAUGUGGCCAAGCAGAAUAGUUUUCAGGAUAAGCCCACAAAACCUGAUUUUGUCACAUGUGGCAAUAAUCGGUUAACAGUUAAGUGUUGGAGGCCAGUUAGCCGGCUUGAAACUAAAGAUCCAUCUCCAGUUCAAAGAGGUGAAACAGAUGUUGAUGCACUUCAUGGAAAUGGAGGUGGUCAAAACUUGUCAGGUCCAAGUUGUUUAGGGUUGUGCUCUGUAGAUGGUAAUGAUAUUGGUUUUGAAAACGAUUUCUCCCAUCUAGAGGGCAGAGUGGAUCCAGGGAGCUUACGGUUUUCCAGCUGUGCUGCAAAAGCUUUUCUUGCACAAAGAUGGAAAGAAGCAAUCUUAUCAGAUCAUGUAACAUUGGUUGUUUCCCAUGACUCUGAACCUCCGGGGUGCCAGGAGAUACAGGAUUUUAAAAUAGCUGAAUGUCAAUCUUCUGAUGUUGAUAAAUGCAACAUUCCCGCAAUUGCAGAGAACACGUUGCCUGGAACCACCAGAGUUACUAAAUCCAAACCCAGGUUGAAGUCUGAAAAAGGAACCAAGAUCAAGUAUAUUCCUAAACGGAUGACAACUACCUAAUAUUAAAGAAGAAAGUAGAUUAGUUAGUUAUACAGAUAUAUAGAGUUUGACUUGUUGCCAAUUAAUAUUGUUAGCAGAGGUUUCCAGUUUUACCAGGUCUUCUGUCGGAAUGCUGAAAGUAGGUUUUGCUGGAAAUUUUUUUUUAUAUCCUUAGAUUCUUUUUAC